UUCAAAUACUGUACAUCUUACUAAUCUUUUUUUAUUAUUAUUUGUUAUAAAUGCAGAUUGUACAAUAACAUAAAUAAUCUUAUUGAGUGUACUUUGUGUGCUGCUUUUUUGUAAUAGGGACCCACUUUGACUAGGUGUAUGUGCUCAGUAAUGUCAUCUCAAAAGAUUUUCACACCAGGAAACUAGCAACUAAGCUUAAAAAACCCAGAAUAAGUUGGCUACCUCUUAAGUUCCUAGCUGAACAGUAAACUUGGUCAGUAGGCCUGUCUCUUUAUAAUCGGGUAAUUGUCAUUCUCCAUAUGCCUUCCCUGUAUUGUGCUUUUACACUUAUGUAAGUUUGUAUGGUCAGAACGUUCGGUUUGAGUUUAUUCAUGGACUCUUAGCAUGGAUUAAGGGCUCCACAAUAAUGGUUACACAAUAUCAUCUGAACAGCAGCUAAUGUAUAGUUCUAAAUAUGCAGUGCCUUCCAGUUUAGCCGUUCUAAUGCUGCCCUUGAACUGGGAUCAGGUGGAACAGAACAUUAACGAGGUGCAACAGUCAGCAGUCGCUAAAGUUAACCAUUUUCAGUUGCACUUUUGUUACUUCAACUUCUUAUUGUUCCCCACUAACUGAAAGGAUAAAGUGGUGGAGGCCUUUGGGUUAAACGGUCAACCAUAACUUGGUCAUUAUUGGUUGUAACCAUUUUCAGUUGCAUUUUGUUACUACAACUUCUUAUUGUUCCCCACUAACUGAAAGGAUAAUGUGGUGGGGGCCUUUGGGAUACGCGGUCGACGUUUACUCGGUCUCUAUUGGUCGAUACCAUUUCAGUUACACGCUUGUUACUACAACUUCUUAUUGUUCCCCACUAACUGAAAGGAUAAAGUGGUGGGGGCCUUUGGGAUACGCGGUCGACGUUUAUUUGGCCACUAUUGGUCGUUGAUGUUUCUAAUUGAUACCUUCCCGGGUAUUUUGAAUGUAUACUCAGGAGCAAUGCAUUAUUGGUGUAUAUAGGGUGCUCCAGUGGUCUACACCACUGCUUCUGGUGGACAUUAACUGCUACAGCAUGUGGUGGAAUCUGGCCACCUCUUCCAGCAGAACCUCCCUAUUUUCCUGUCCCGAUAAAGCGUAGAAAUGCCUGAAGGAAAUAUAUCGUCCAAGCAACAAUACAUAUUUGACGUGGUUUCUUGUUAGAUCUUAUGAAGGUUAAGGUUACUGGUUUGAGAAAAUAUUUCCUGGCAUAUGAACUGACGCCAUCUCCCUGGGUUAUUGGACUAACGUUGAUAUUUGCCUUCACAUACUUCUGGACUGAGAUGGAAACAUUGAUAGUCCAAUAGGCCUGUGUAGGCGGAGGGAGGGGAAGUUCCGUCUGUAGUGUGCUUCAAACUUUAUGGCUCCGCCGCAGAUUUUAAGGGAACAGUUAACACUUGCUCGAAUGUACUUGAACACGGUGGAGCUGAUUGCUGGAGUGGACUCUGAACUAACCAAAAGUUCAUGCCCACUCUAGUUCCCGUCCAGUCUAAGUGAAGAAUUGGGAAAUCUGGUCGCAUUUUCUUACAGAAGCUUUGUGUGCUUAGUGACGUUGGAUUCCUCAAUAGGGCAUCCCCACAGUGGCUGAAGACUGAUGUGAAGGUAAAUUUUCCCUUCAGAUCAGAAGUUCUUCCUGAAACAAUCUCUUGCUUCACAAUCGACUCGGACCAGCUACAGUACAGCCAUGUCUUUGCUGAUCCACGUUCUGGCCUGCUGCUUCGGUCUGGGAUCCUGGGUGGCGGUCAAUGGCCUGUGGGUGGAGCUACCCCUCAUUGUCAAUAUACUCCCAGAGGGUUGGGACCUCCCCUCCUACAUGACCGUUAUCAUCCAGCUGGCCAACCUGGGGCCUCUGUUUGUCACUGUUAUGCACAAACUGCGUCCGAGUCGGAUGAGGGAGAGCGCUGUUAUUUACGGUGUGUUGUCCAUUGGGAUUCUGGCCUGUGUGCUGUUGGCGUUCUUCUGGGAUGAAACCACAAUGUUGGUGGGAGCAUUUCGGAGCACAGCCUUCUUCAUCCUCACCUUCUUCCUAGCUUUGGUGGAUUGCACUUCCUCUGUCACCUUCCUGCCUUUCAUGAUGCAGCUGCCAGCAAAAUACGUCACCACGUACUUCAUUGGGGAAGGCCUUAGUGGCUUUAUCCCUGGUGUGGUGGCUCUUGGCCAGGGGGUUGGCAUUGCCAAGUGUGUAAAUGCCACAAAUUCCAUUGGGAACCUCACUAAAGACUACAUAUUCCAGACUCACUAUCUACAGCCCAACUUCACCACUGAGGUGUUUUUCUUUCUCCUGGCAGCAAUGAUGUGCUUAAGUCUGGCAGCAUUCUCUGCCCUCAACAGGCUGCCCUGCACCACUGAACUGUCCACAGAGAACCUGGUUCCAGACACUGACACAACUGUGUCAGUCUGCUCUGGCCUGGACAACCCCGCAGCGUCGAGUGAAGGGGAGAAUUCAAAUCCAAAACCUGCUACUGAGGAGGCAGAUCAGCCAGAGCUGGCUAAACCACGGCACUCUGUUUUUCAGUUAACUUUGAUCUAUUUCAUGGUAGUCUGGGUGAAUGGGGCGACAAAUGGCAUAUUGCCCUCAGUGCAGACAUACUCCUGUAUGUCCUACGGCAACUUGGCCUAUCAUCUGUCGGCUGCUCUGUCAUCCUGUGCCAACCCAGUGGCCUGCAUAGUUGCCAUGUUCUGUCCUAAAAGGUCACUAGUCCUCUUGGGUUUGCUUUGUGUCAUUGGAUCAGUCUUCGGAGGAUAUAACAUGGCAAUGGCUGUCAUGAGUCCCUGUCCACUGCUUAUAGGCUCUGUGCUGGGAGAGUCCAUCAUAGUGCUCUCAUGGGUCUUCUUCACGGGAACCCUGACCUAUGUGAAGGUAAUGGUGGGUGUCAUCCUGAGGGACGAGAGCCACAGCGCCCUGGUGUGGUGUGGAGCAGCAGCACAGACUGGCUCUCUUCUGGGCUCAGUGGUCAUGUUCCCACUGGUAAAUGUCCACCACCUGUUUCAGUCAGGAGACUUCUGUAACACCAAGUGUCCUGAAUGAUUACGAGACACUUACAUGCCUACGAGUAAGUAUAUAUUUUUCCAAGCCAGAAAGGCCCAUCUUUAAUUUCUGUGGUUUGAGGAGGUACACCCCCUGGAAAGGACACGAGUGGGGGGGAAGUGAAGUGUGUUCAGGGAAAGGACAUUGACUGGACAAGAUUAGAGAUUGGACUCUGAACAUGCCUUGAAGGGGACUGUGUCGAAAUGUUGCUCAAUGGGUCAUUUAAAAGAAUGCUUUCAUAAGGUUGAUUUUCAACCCACUCUUAAGGUUUGCACUGAUUGUUGUGAAUGUCUGCCCUUGUAUAGUGGAUUAAGCACUUUUGAACAGUUUUUCUUUUGUUUACAAUAGCCUGAAUGUUGGAAUCUUAAUAGUUUUUUAUUAUUCUGUUGUCAUACCUGUGUGAAUAUUCUGAAUACAUGGUAUAAGCAGAAUUUAGAUUCACUUCACAGAAACACCUUAACUUAAGUUAAUAAACCCUUAUCUUGAGUAAAUUA